AUGUCGACUCCCCGCAACAAGCGCCAAUUCGCCGGCGCCGCAGCCGAUCCUGCCCAACGCCAAAUCACAUCCUUCUUCGCAGCUCAGUCGCCCAACAGCAGCAGCACCUCCUCACCCGCAACUGCCGCCGACGCCUCCUCCUCCUCCCAGCGAGUCCCAUUGCCCGCCAAUGUCCAGGCAAACCUGCUGAGCGUCGGCAUGCGGGUGCGCAAGUCCGUGCCCGAAGGCUACAAGACCGCCGGCCCCAGCGCCUUCAAGCUGUGGACAGACAACACCCGGCCCGGCGAGGCGAAGGCGGCACAAAUGGUCGCGGCGAAGCCCGCAUCGAGAGAGCUGCUGCCGUUCUGCGGCAUCAACAAAGUCGGCGGACUGGAUACGCAGCCCGAAUUCGUCUACGAUGACGGCGAGGUUCCCGCCCUGGACGAGGUUCCCGAGCUGAGCAUGUCGCAAGAAAGCACCGAUAGCGUCGAGAGCGGGCCUUCUCGGAAGCGAUUCUUUGAUGAGCAGGAUGACCUGCAGGUCCGGAGCUGGGAUGCAGACGACGCCGGCAGCAUCCGGGCUAUUGCCGUCCCGCACUCUCGCAUCAAGAAGAGCGCUGCGCUCAAGGGCACUGGCCAGGAGAAUAUGGCUGUCGACGGUGAUGAUGAUUUUGAGGAUGCUAGCUUUCUGGGCUUUGAAGGAGGACAGGCCAUGGACAUGGCUUUCUAG